CAUGCAGAGUGUGAAUAUGGAGUCAGCAAUGAGAAACAUAGAGGAGUCGGGUUUACGGCAGGGUGUGAGCGGGUGUAUACCCAGCCCUUCAUCACCCUCCCCACCCACUAGGACAACUUUACAGGAACUCUCUCAGAGCAGUGUCGAAUCUAACGAUCUCCACAAAACAGAUUCUUGUGGGUCUUCUCAACUUCUCUCGGGGAAAAACUUAACUUUUUCUCCUGAACAAGUGGCGUGCGUUUGCGAGGCUCUACAACAGAAAGGUGAUAUUGACAGACUGGCCAAAUUUCUCUGGUCCCUACCCGCCGAGCGAGUUGCUCCGGGUAGCGAGGCUGUUUUAAAGGCAAGAGCAACUGUUGCUUUUCACCGUGGAGCCUUCAGGGAGCUGUAUGCUAUCCUAGAGAGCCACAGUUUUGAUAAUUCUAACCACACGUUUUUGCAGCAGAUUUGGUACAAGGCUCAUUACAUGGAGGCACAGAAGUUAAGGGGAAGGCCUUUGGGGGCUGUUGACAAAUACAGACUGCGGAGAAAAUAUCCCCUGCCCAAGACGAUCUGGGACGGUGAAGAGACUGUGUAUUGCUUUAAAGAGAAAUCCAGACAAGUGCUCAAAGACAGUUAUAAACACAACAGGUACCCCACCCCUGAUGAGAAACGGAAUCUAGCGAAGAAAACCGGCUUGACCCUGACUCAAGUGAGCAACUGGUUCAAGAACCGUCGCCAGAGGGACCGGACUCCACACUUGCCCAAUCCUACUCGAGCAGACCUGAUGAAUGGGGAGAAUUACAAGCACGACCGUCUCCACUCCAUGUGUAACAAUGGACAGCCUUUGAUGCCGCCGUCCCUAUCACACGACCUGCACAUGGCCAAUUUCAAAAUGCUGGAUGACGCGAGAAACAAUAUGGCUAACUUGUCACUUCCGUUACUGAAGAACGAGCCGCUCCAGGCUCACUAUCGCUGCGCAAGCACUUUCGACCACCAUCAUCUUCAUCACACAGUGCCGCCGGUGUGACGUCAGAGAGAACGUCACAGUGACGUCAUCACCACCAUAUCCAACAGCUUGUAAUAUAUGAAGGGCUGGAGACAAAAAAACUGCAUUAUUUAUCAAGACAACAGACAACGUGUCUUGAAUUUGCUUCAAACAACUUUGCUUCAAAGCAUACAGGAUACAGGCUGCUUAGCCAGUGAAGAACGUUUGUAACGAUUAAGUAUGUUUGCGCACGUCACUUUUCCAUAUAUCAACAUUGUAACUGAUGUCACGGACAAGGCUAUUGAAGCAGAGAUAUAUAUGUUCAAGGAAGAGUAUCAUGUCGCUGUGCUAUACAUGCGCAUCAGUAGCGAAGCAAGGUGUCGAAACUGACGAUCUACACGGCGUCGCUAUAUAUGCAUUUGGCAUCAGUGUGCCUCUGGAAAACCACUUAUUGUGGUACUUUAUCGUGUGUCGACAUGUGUACACAGUCGACGGUCACCAGUGUGCCCACGACGGUCUGGUUGUGCGGCGUGUAUAGAGAGAGUGUUUGCUGUGCACGAGUAGUGUGGUCUGAAUAGCCAGAAUGUAUCUACAUGACAUCGCCCGUGUGCUGUGCAUGUGUACUGUGCGUCACCGUACAGAGA